AUGCACCUUUGUGGCGGGUUCAAGAAUUUGGGUUGUGAUUUGGUUGCGAUUGGAUUGUCGGAACGCCGGGACGAACGGUUUUACGCAGUACUUCGGCUGUUUGACAAGCAGGACAUGAUUACAGUAACAAACGGGCAUACGGUAUUGAUAAAUUACUCACCUGACAAGCUUCCUUUCUUCCAGUACGAGAACGCGGUCCGAGAUGAUUACGUCUUUCUACAAAUUCCCACGGAAACGCGUAGCGGGCCCGUGCACGACUGGUAUCCGGGGUACUGCCAUCAUGAUUUGAGAGUCCGACCUGGAGCAACUUCCUUUCCUUCACUGCGCUCCCACUUCACUGGUCGAUCUGGCCUACCCAACUAUGCAACUCUCGCUCCUGUAGAGUUCUUUGUUGGCGACCGAGAGAGAGGCGAACUGAUUUCUUCCAAUUUAGAUGACUGGGUAAAUAUCCACAGGCUUUUCGUUGCCCAGAGCCCCGUACGACAGGUCGUAUUUCGCGUCAAAGAUAUAACUCGGGGCAGGAACGGGGGUUCUCCUCGCAGGGUUCUGGGCGGCUGGACGGAUUACUUCUUGUCUUUCGAUGAGCAAAGAGAGCCGGGCCAGAGUACCUCACCAAUCCUCGACGAUGCUCGCCUGAUUUUGUGGAUGAAGCUGAAGCUCAAGGAUGGUGCAUGA